AUUUGUUACAGUGAAAAGUGUGGGGGGGGGCAAAGCCCUCAGCCACGCCUCGUUGGGAUCGCAAUCGGUUUCGCGCCAAAUAAAUUCAAAGCGUCAGCAGAUGGCGCGUUUCGUAAUACCCACGUGACUUCUAUCUUGCGCGGCAUCACGGCCAGUUCACGGCGGCCAUGAGAGUUGAUAUAUCCACGUACUUUGACAGCGUUUUGCGUUCCAUAUAACGGAACUAAUUUUAUGUCAGACGUAGAAACCUAAACCAGACUUUUCUUUAGUAAAACCUUGUUUCCGUUGACGGAAAAAAAUCGGCAAAUUUCUCACUGAUUGCGAGUUCAUCAAUCGUGUCGCCGGCACUUCAGGAAUCACAGCUAAUUUUAAUUUACAAGUGAAGUCAAUUGCAAGAUAGUUCUUGUGUAAAACUUGGUAAACCAAAGCGUAGUGAAUAAAGACGUAGUCACCAUAGUGAAUCGAUCAUAUAUACAGUAGCAAGGGAAAGAUGGCAGAUUGCAGUGAUCUGGACAGACAAAUUGACAAGCUGAGACGAUGCGAACUUAUAACAGAAAAAGAAGUUAAGCAGUUGUGUGCUAAAGCAAGGGAGAUCUUGGUAGAAGAAUCCAAUGUUCAACGAGUAGACUCACCAGUAACUGUUUGCGGUGAUAUACACGGACAAUUUUAUGACUUAAAAGAACUUUUUAAGGUUGGAGGUGAUGUGCCAGACACAAAUUACCUGUUCAUGGGAGACUUUGUUGACAGAGGAUUUUACAGUGUAGAAACAUUUCUUUUACUUUUAGCCUUAAAGGUACGAUAUCCUGACAGAAUAACAUUAAUAAGAGGAAACCAUGAGAGUAGACAGAUAACACAGGUUUAUGGGUUCUAUGAUGAAUGUUUAAAGAAAUAUGGUUCUAUAACAGUGUGGAGAUACUGUACUGAAAUAUUUGACUAUCUUAGUUUGUCAGCUAUUAUCGAUAAUAGGAUUUUUUGUGUGCAUGGUGGUCUUUCUCCAUCAAUAAGUACAUUAGAUCAGAUUCGAGCAAUUGAUAGAAAACAAGAAGUUCCUCAUGAUGGGCCUAUGUGUGACUUACUGUGGUCAGAUCCCGAAGACACACAGGGUUGGGGAGUGAGUCCUAGAGGUGCAGGAUAUCUUUUUGGUAGUGAUGUCGUCACUCAGUUCAAUGCAGCAAAUGACAUUGACCUGAUCUGCCGAGCUCAUCAGCUAGUCAUGGAAGGAUAUAAAUGGCAUUUUAAUGAGACAGUUCUUACGGUGUGGUCAGCACCAAACUACUGUUACAGAUGUGGAAAUGUGGCAGCCAUAUUAGAGUUGGAUGAACAUUUAAAAAGAGAAUUUACAAUAUUUGAAGCAGCCCCUCAGGAGGUGAGAGGAAUGCCAACUAUCGCCAAAAAGCCUCAACCAGACUAUUUCCUCUAAGCCAUCUGCUCUGAUCUCAAGCUAUUCUUCCUUGACAAACAGUGUACAUAAUUAUAGGAAGAUUUCUUGUUAAGUUAGAGCCUUAAUUUAUUGGAAAUAUUACUCAAUUUACAUUUUCUUGUACUUUAAAAGUCCCCACAGCAUUGUUUGAAGUAAUUUAUCAAAUAAAAGUCUCUGAAUUCUCUCUGAGCUUAAACAACUCAAGACCUUCAGGAGCAGUUGAACUGAUAAGAAGGGAAUCAAGAGCAUUGCUUUCAAAAUAUUAGACGUGGAAAGAGUGCUUUAGACAUGUAGUUUCACACAUUCAACCAGAUAGUUAAUGUAAAAAAGUUGUUCCUCAUGAUUUCAGUUACGUAGCUGGUAGACUUGUGCCAAAUACUAGAAACUCUCAUUGGCUCUCAGAACAAUUUGAGCAGGUUCAAAUUCACUGAGAGCACAUGAGAGUUCCUGGCAAGAUUAGAGCAGGAGUUUGAACUCUUGUUAACCUGCAACCAGCCACUCUUUCUCAACUCUUGUUUUCCUCUGGUGUGCGAGAUUUGAUUUGUGAAUGAAUUUUGCAUUUUGCUGUCAAAUGCCAGAUUUAAGGCUACAUAAUUUUAGGCUGUGUGGCAAAGGGAAGAUAUUUAAUGUUGCUGUGCAGCUCGUAAAAAUUCUUAAAAUUAGGUUUAGAAAAACUCAUUCCUUGCUCUCCUUACAAAGUAAGCAUUUUGUAACUAAUUCAAGUUCAUUAGGGUCAUUUAAAUGCUGAUCCUCUUGUGGAAUAAAAGAGAUCUAGAUAUUUACACUGUAAUCAUCAUCCUCUCACUUUUUGGUAACCAGGACUACAACUCCUACAGAGGGAAUUGUACAGUUUUAUGUAUUUUGGGAGUUCCUCAAAAACUACAGUACUGAUUUGGUAACUAACUGGCAAAAUUUCAGACAAUUCAAACAUCUUAUUCUAAAUACAUGUAGGCUUCUACCUUUACUAUUUAAUCAUAACACAAGUGUACAUGUGGAUGUUGUCACACACUAUCUGUGGUACAGAUAGUGUGUGACAACCUAUCUGGCAACCUUGUCUGGUUGGUUUUUUCACCUGGCCAGAAGCAACUUUUAGAAAUGUAAACUAUCACUUCUCAAAUCUUUUAUUAAAACAAAUUUCUGUA